GCUUCCGGCCGGUAUGCCUUUCAUGAAUAGUGGGAAGGUUGCAUGAGAGAAGCUUUAUUAAUGGGUUUUCCUGAUCAUGAUCAAUGGCUAUCCGGUUCUGCAAUUCAGGAACUGAUCAACAUAAAAGACAGGAAAAUGCUUUCCGGGUAAAGUUGAUGGGCUUCUGCAAAAGCUGGAAAUCCUCGUACAGGGAUUCUAUACAAUAUUUCCCUCCCUGCAAACUUCUCAGGCAUGGAAGUCUCAGCUAUCAGACUCCGAAGUGGGCAGUUUUGGGCCACAGGCCGAAAGAAGAUUAGCCUCUUCCAAUUCCCACCAAAGAUUCGACCAACGCCUUAUGCCAAAAGGAUAGCCAUUCUGUGUCAAAACUUAGGCAACUGGUCUUCUUAUUACUAUAACGUGCCUGGCUAUAGAUUGGUUGCUCCUGUGGUCGGAUUCGUGGCAUAUGAUUCUUCUAAUUCAAGCACCUUAGGCAAUCUUAAGGUCAACUUCAGCGUCAUGGGGAACCCUAUUUCAGUUCAUUUUUCUCAUGAAAUUGUGCUUGGAGGAAAGGACUUGACACCAAAAUGUGUCAAAUUUGGUGCAGAUGGAUCGUUUACACUGCAGGACAUGAAUGAGUCGUACGUUUGUGUUUCACGAAGUGCAGGUCAUUUUUCUGUUGUUGUACCAAAGAAACAUGAUCAGUGGAUUCUGAAAUUUUGGGUGCUUGGAUUCGGGCUAGGAUUCGUUGUGCUGGUUCUAGGGGGUUUGGUUUUGGCAGCCAUCUUCAGACUGCUAAGGAGGAGGAGGAUCAUGAAAAUGGAGCAACAGACUGAAAGAGGGGUAGCUUUCGACACAUUUUGGAUUGGAGGGAGUAAAUUGCCUUCUGCAUCAAUGAUUAGAACUCAGCCAGCCCUUGAGAAUGAAUACGUUCCUUGAUUCACAAUUUGGUUUAAUUGUACAUCUUUUUUCUUUUUCUUUUUCUUCCUUCUGUUGGUCCAGAAAUUUCUUCAGUUCCCACUAUUUACAGGUGGAGAUACCUUUGUUCCCUUU